UGGCUUCCUGUUACUGAAAUGCUUUCUUCAUUAAAAAUUUAUACCUCCCAUCUGUCCGUCGUUUAAAAUAUAUACAAUGGGAUUAUCUUUUUUCAGAUAAUUCAAAGCUAGUGUAUCUUCAAAGACCCUCAAAAACCAGCGAUGCACGCGACUUCCGAUAUCUCGUAAGACAAGUCGUAACAUGCCCAGUAAAUGGAUCCUGAUGAGCUCGGCUGCAUGCCAAAGUACCUGACGUAAACACUUUAAAGUUGGUGUCAGACUUUAAUUUUAGGCAACGCAAUGAAUUCCUGGAUGAAGAUUUUCUGAUGAAGAAACAAGUUAGACAUGGGUACUUUAUUUGAAUGUUUGAAAGAGGCACGACUUGAAAAAUAUUAUCAAAUCUUUCGUAUAAAUGGAAUUACUCGAUCUGAGGCCCUGGCGAGGUUAGACACCACAGACUGUGAUGCCAUUGGAAUAACUUCUCCCGAGGAUAGAAGAAGAUUACUUGAUCUCAUUGAAAUUAUCAAAUCUGUUAAUGACACUGACCCCUUAUAUAAUUCACCUAUAGCUAGACAUAGUCCAGUUACAAAUAGAAAAUCUUUAAAGAGAAUCCAUACCCCUGCCUCAAAUAGUAAUGACGUGAUCAGCCAGAGACUUACUCCAACCAACAAUGUGAGAGUGGUGGAGAGGAGCCGCUCAGCCCCCGCCCCCGCCCAGGCCCAGGCUCUCGUAUUCUCCGAGAGUGAGGAGGAAUCAGAAUCGGAGUCAUCUGACCCCUCAGAUUAUGAGCCAGCGUCAAAGCAUCUGAAUCCAGCUUCUUCUGUUGUUAGGAAAAGAGCUGUCAAUCGCCGUGUAAAGCAGAAGGGAUAUAAUUAUGGGGUGCCAACAACUGUCAAUUCAUCUAUAAGGAGUUCUAAGUCAUCCACUGGAAAACAUGGUGGAGGUGAUGAAAAAAUUAAAGUAUGUGUUCGUAAAAGACCUCUGAACAAAAAAGAAAUCAAGUCUGGUGAAGCAGAUAUAGUGUCAGCUGAAAGCACAACAACUCUGACGGUCAACGAACCAAAACUAGCGGUGGAUCUGACUCCACAUACACUACAGCAUGAAUUUAUUUUUGACGAGGUGUUUGAUGAAGCCUGUGGGAAUGAAGAUGUGUAUAUUAGAGCUGCCCGGCCUCUCAUUAACUGCAUAUUUGAGGGUGGAAGUGCCACAUGUUUUGCUUAUGGACAGACGGGUGCUGGUAAAACUCACACAAUGAUAGGUUCACGAGAAAUUCCUGGGCUGUAUCUCUUGGCAUCUCAUGAUAUUUUCUCUAUUAUUGAGUCAGGAAGAUAUGGACAAGGCAUCAAAGUAUGGGUCAGCUAUUUCGAAAUUUAUUGUGGAAACCUUUAUGACCUCCUUAACAAAAGAAACAGGCUUCAUGCUCGGGAGGAUGGUUCCCAUAAAGUCUGUAUUGCCGGGCUGACAGAAACACAAGCCACAGAUGUCAACUCUCUUCUACAGAUUCUGGAAUAUGGUAAUUCUGUCAGAAGUAAAGGAGCUACCGGGGUGAACCCUGACUCCUCCCGCUCUCACGCCCUCCUACAGCUCGAGAUCAGGGACUCUAAGGACAAAAAACUCGGCAGAAUGUCAUUCAUUGACCUAGCAGGCAGUGAGCGAGCCUCAGAUGUUACGGACACUGACAAACAGACACGCAUGGAGGGAGCAGAAAUUAAUCAGAGUCUCUUAGCUUUGAAGGAGUGCAUUCGGUCUAUUGAUCAAGAGAGUAAACACACCCCAUUUCGUCAGAGCAAGCUGACACACAUACUAAAGGACUCCUUCGUGGGGAAUUCUCGUACCUGUAUGAUCGCUAACAUAUCCCCCACCCAGUCUUCCUGUGAACACACUCUGAACACAUUAAGAUAUGCUGACAGGGUUAAAGAGCUUCGUCGAGAGUCAUCUUCUGGAAUGAGGGCGAGUACAGCCAGUAACAUCUUGAUGAAUAUUCCUCUAACAGCCCCCUCUGUGUUCCAGCCAGGAAACAUUCUGUGUUCUUCCACUCCCAUUAAACCAAAGACACACAGACACACUGUGUCUCGAGCAUCCAUGCAGGAUAUUCAUCUCGACCCCACAGAAAGCCCAAUCAAGGGUCACGGUGUUAAAAGAAAAACAAAACCAGCAUCUGCCUCCUCCUCAGGCUCUUCUGUGACAAAACCUCAGAUCAGAAAACCAAGUGCUACUGUGGCUAGUCGUAUCUCUGCUGUUAGACACUUCCCCCCUCGACCUUCUCCUGACCCCCUAAGGUCCAGUCCCCCUCCUCAACAGCUUCUUAUAGAAAGCAGUGACUCCGAUCACACUGACUCAGACUCUUGUAAUGUGAGUGAGAAACGUAAUGUGAAAACUAACAGAAAUGUUCCUGUAGUAAAAUCUACAGAUACAGAUAACGAUUUUCCCACUACAGAUUUUAAUAAUGAUGAACUAAAUGAUUUAAACAGAACUGGAGGCAAAACUGCCCACUCUUCAGACAAUGUUUUUAGUUCUCAGAGUGUUUCAGUUAUUAAACCCCCUGGAGUUCAUUUUUCAUCUUCUGGUCACCCACUGCCAGUGAUAGGAGAUCAGGACUAUAGAUCCCCUGAUUCUACACAGGGCCCACAAGACAGGGGGAACUCCCCUCACAGGGGUAACUCACCCCAGGGUCCAUCACGGCCCAGUCCCCCUGUCCUCAGGAAGAAAAUCUACACUGAGCCAUCAGCUCAGUCCUCUAGCACAGCUACAGAGUCAGGACCAAGGAAGUUUGAAAACCAAGUAAGAAACUUGCCACUGAGUAAUAACUUUUUGACCAACCCCAAUAAUAAUGUUCCCAGGGUGUCUGAAGUGUCUCAGAAUAACCCAGGAAGAACUGUGAAUAGUGCUAAACCUGUACUUCAACAUGCCCCCUUGUCUCUCGGAAGUGUAGCUGAUGAUGACUUGUUUGAUGGACCUAAUCCCUCCUCCCCCUCACAAAAAACUCCCAGAACACCAAGCACGGGAGAAAUGAACUCUUUAGUACUGGGGCUCAGUAGGGGGAAUAAUGUACAGCUGAAAAUUCCUCAAGAUCCUUCUGUGGACCCCAUUCUACCUGCUGUUAUGACUGCUAAGAGUAGUGACCUAACAACUUUCUCCCAGAGGUCCCCUGGAAGAUUCAGUCGCUACAAUCCAGAACCUCCUCCACCUCCAUUUUCCCUGGCCAUGGUGAACCCCACAGAAUCCCGACCAAGGAUAUUACGGACUCCACCACUUAGUCAACCAGUAGAACAAAACAGGGCAGAGCAGCAUACUCCUCCCAGGCAUUCCCCUCGUCAGGAGGCCAAGAACCAAAGUCCCUAUCAGAUUUAUGAUGAUAGGAGAAUCCCCACUCCUAAAGACCACAGGAUGGAAGAGGUUUCUUCAGAUUAUGGCAGAUUCAACCCAGGCUCUGGUGAUCAGUUUAGGUCUAAUAAAGAGGUACCAGAUUCAUCACAGAAUGAUCAUUACGCAAGAUCAAGAAGUGAAUGUGUAGACGAAAGGGAACAAAAAACAAGACAAAACAAUUUAGGAGGAUUAAACUAUGAAUGUGUUGACAAUGAAAAUACAAGUAGACAGUCACAUGAUUCAGAGGAGAAGAUUUCAUUGGCUGAGGUAGAUCCUCUGUCUACCAAUGACUGGUACAAUACACCAGCGAAUCGUGCUGUACAUAUCUACUCUUCUGUCCAAAAAUCAACUUCUAAUCUUGAUUACGAUGUUCACUCUGCCUCAGGAUACAGCCAGUCCAACCAAGAAAGGCCAGAAAAACCUCUAGAGGCGGACAAAGACAUUCAUGACAAGUUUGACUCAGAUCUGACAGAGUUUCUUCCAAUCCAGAAGAGACCUAGCUACUAUGGUGACAGGCCAGCAACCUCAAGGAAAGACGUGGCUUCAAGAUUAAGGUCUGUCUUCUUUAAGGAAUCCAUGGAGAAGCCACAGAAACAUAAUGUUUCAAAUCCUAGUCCCAUAAAUGAAACAAAUGACUCAUCAAAUAACAGAGGACACACAACUACACAAAACAAACCUAGAAUUGCAAAAACACAAGAGAAAGAUCAGUUAACUGAAUAUGGAAGUGAAAGCAGGAACCACAUGUUCAGCAAUAAGAGUGGGGGAGAAACCUCAGGGAGGGGCCAAUCCAGUAAAUUUAACAGUCCAGCAAUAACAACAGAAAAGCUUGAGGGUGGAGGCAGGGUGGGGUCAGCAUUUCUUCCCAUACACCCACAGCCCCUGACUACUAACCCUGUAACAAAGCAUGUAGUAGAGUCAGCAAACCAGGAUCUAGCACAUCCUGUCCCUAGAGACUCAGAAAAUGAAGCCAGGGAAGUAGAAAGCAAGGAUCAACAAACAGAAAGCAGACAAAUUAUCAUUUCUGCCCAUGAAGAACAGCUUGCAACAGUUACGUCUCUUUGUAAACAGGAAAUGAAGCUAUUGUUAGGGGCUAAGUCUGGACACAAGAGUGAUGAAGAUUAUGUAAGGAGGAUCAGCCAUAUCUUGACUCAGAAAAUCCAGGCUAUCCAACUUUUGCAAGACAAGUUAGAAAACUACCAACUGUCUGCCAUCAGUCACGGUUAAUGAUGCAUCCCACGAAGGUUCCGCUCCGUAACUCCCUGUCACAACUCUGUGUGAUGUAGCCUGGCAUCAUCCAAUAUUGCUGCUGGUUCAGGUUUUACAUUAAUAAUCCUUUAGUUAAAAUGGCUUAAAUGACAAUACAUAUUUCAUGUGAGUUUUUAAAAGCAGCUAGCAUCUUCCAGUUUAAAAUAUUUGACUUUGAUCCGUCCAUAUAUGAAAUUCUUGGCAUCAAGAACUUAUUAUCAACAUCUUUUUAUGCUGAAAUCAGAAAAAUGUCAGUGUUUGACAUUUUAUUUUGCUAAACUUCUGUAUUUAGGUUUUGAAUUGGUUGAAUUCCAUACUACUGCUGUGAUUUUAGGCUCAUAUGCAUGUUAUGACUCAUGAUUAUUAUUAUUUUGUGUUUAGAUUGUCAUAUUAUCUGCUAGCUAUCAAAUUGACUUCCUUCUUUCUUGCAAAGUACAAUAAAUGAUUCAAGUUGGCAGAAUUCUACAUUGACUGUAUUAUUCACCAAGAUUAUGAAUAAAAUAUUGCUAUAUGGUAGAAAAUCAACAUUCUGUUUAAAAAACUAUUUCUAACUUUGUGUCUCAAAGAUGUAAUGCCUGAGCUUCAUGUCCUUAAGGACUGCUAGUAUCAUUCAGAAUGUCAAGAACCAUUCCUCAUGGACACCCAAACCAAAUAAUUAUGACAUCAGUAUUAUUCUUUUUUGCAGAAAACAUUUAAAUAUCAUAAUAUAAUUAGUGCAUACAUUCACAACCUCAUUAUAAAUUUAGCAGAAUUGUGAUAUACAGAACCUUAUUAACUUAUAAUUUAGGAAUGAAAAAAAACACUUGUCUAGAAUAUUGAUUUUGUAAAAUAAGAAUAAAGAUGUAUGCAAAUGACC